AUGAAAUAUAGAAGCGUGGCGGCGGCUGUAGCCUUGAUCCUGGCAGCGGCUUCCGAGGGGCGCCCCAGGACCAUCGUGGAUUACAACGUGGGGUCCCAUUCGCGCAGGGAGUCCGGCCUUCCCGGGGUCGCCGUCGAGGGAGAGUACAGAUGGCGAACACCGAACGGCCAAGAAAAUGUAGUGCGUUACACCGCUGACAAAAAUGGCUACGUCGCGCGCGGCAACGUCGUGCCGGGACACUACGACCCCCUCGGGAACCCAAGGCUCGUGCACAGCUACUACCAGACUCCUCUCGAAGCCUCUGCUGAAGCUCCUGCCGAAGGCCCUAGUGAGGCUGCCGAGGCCGACAACGAUCGCGUUUUGAUGACAACAGCACAAGAUGCUGAAGACAGCCCUGUUGGAGAAGGAACUGACGAUGCCAUUGACGAGAAAAUAAAUGAAAUCCUUGUUGAAAAAGCAGCAGAGGACGUCCCGGCUGAAGAGGUAGCUGAAGAUACUUCUGGUGGUGACGCAGCUGAAGAUGUCUCUGAUAAAGAGAUAGCUGAUGAUGCUCCUGCCGAAGAGGUAGCUGCAGAUGCCUCCUAUAAAAAAACAACUGAGGAUGUCCCUGCCGAUGAAGUAGAUGAAGAUCCUGGUAACAGAGGCGCAGAUGCAAAGAAUUCAGAUGACGCUCAAGCAGAGACUGCUGAUGAAGUUGAUUCAACUCGCGCCGAGAAGGCUGUUCCUGCUGAAGAAAUGGCGGCCAUGAAUGCUAUAAUCUUCCCCGACGACCCUUCCCCUUCCGUUCCCUUGGUGGAGGCAGUGGAGGGGAUGCCGGAGGCGGAGGCUAACGAGAUGAAUGCCAUUAUUUUCCCCGAAGAUGUACCUGUUGGAGAAAUGACGGAACCCGAAGUGUCGACUGAAGACGCCCCUGCCGUCGAGAUGGAAGACCAACCCGAUAUGAACAUCAUUCCGGCGACGGAAAUGUCCGUGGAUGAAGACUCGGGCGCGCCUGAGAUUGCUGUGCCAGAUGACUCAGCCACGGAUGAGAGCGCCGCUGAGGAGGGGAUUCUUGCCACUGAAGCCCCGGAGGAGGUCGCUCCCGCCACCAAAACCCCGGAGGAGGUCGCUCCCGCCACCAAAACCCCGGAGGAGGUCGCCCCCGCUACCGAAGCCCCGGAGGAGGUCGCCCCGACCAACGAAGCGCCGGAGGAGGAGGACGCUGGGGAGGCUUCCACGGAGGCUCCAACAGCCAACGGCGAUGACUUUGUGACGGAAAGUCCGACUGGAGAAGAUGCCUCAGAUGCUCCCGCUGAAGAAGUCCAGGUCACGGAAGCACCGAGUGACGUUACUGCUCCGGAAGAGGCCGCCAUGACUGAAGCUCCCGUCGAAGAAGAUGAGGUGGAGGAACUUCCUGCCACAGAGUCACCCGUUACAGAAGAAGCCUCCUCGCCUACUGAAGCUGCUUUCACAGAAGAGGAUUCCGAGGAGGAGGUCGUGGUCACUGACACCCCUGUGGAAGAAGAUGAAGCCACUGAGGUGCCCGAAAGCAUUGCAGCUGAAAGGGAAGCAGAAGGCGCGGCUGUUACCUCUGCUCCUGAUUCCUCUCCAGAAUUGUUAAUCAUGGAGGAUCCUGUGAUUAGUGAGGCUCCCGUAGUGGCUGCAGAUGCUCUUCUUAUGGCGGGUGGAAGCGCAGAUAAUGAUAAUCCUAUUAAGGAGGACACAGCCGCAUCCAUGUCUGACAGUGCCGUUGCUAUGACUAACGAAGUUGAGACUGACGACGCUCCUCCAGUGGCUGACGAUGGAGCCGUUGACGCUGCUCUUGCCGAGCCUGAUGAAAUCCGCAUGCCUGUUGAUGCCAUGGUUGACGACGUGCCUGCAAUGCCUCCCAUGCGAUCUGCGGACGAAGAGGAACAAGAACCCGAGAUACUAGGCUACAUUCAUAGCCACCCCCACGCCCACUUCUUCGACGAUGAGCACCACGCAUACCCAGCCCACCCACGCCCGCAGCCUUACCGGCCACACUUCAAAGUCUACAAAGGGACACCUGACGGGGACCAUAAAGUGCAUCAUGGGCACGUCUUCAACUUCUACCACUGAGGUUAUUCUCGGGGUAACGACUCUUCGAAGCUCUUUCGAAUCCAUAAACAAUUCUAGUCGAACACGGAAUAUGAAACGGCGUCUGUGAAGUCCGCUCCUGUCUGGAGAAUCAAACAUUCCCUCUUCUCUUUAGGGUAACAGGAAAUAUAUACAAAAGCACAAAUAAUUCCUCUUCUAUUCAGGGUCAACAAAAAUAUAUGCAAAAAAAAA